GUAUUAUUACAUUUAUUGUUAUCACUUGUUUCAAAGUAAUCAACAUUUUGCACCAUUUUGCACACAUUCACAUCGUAUUCCGACCAUCCACUGAUACCAUUUUAUUGAACAGCUGCAUUCUAAAAAUGAUGUGGAAAAUUUACAAAUGGAUCAAGACGAAAAACCGUUUGUAUUGAAUUUAUAGUCAAAAAUAUGAAUUGAAAAUGCGAUAAAAAACGGUUUUAAUGGAAUAUUCUUGUUAGAAAACAAUCAAAUGUUUUCAAUUCACAUAAAUUUAAUAAUCACGUGAAGCAAAGAAGAAGAAAAAAAUUAUGUAAUUCCCAACUAUUGGAAAAGUAGGAAAAUUUGAAUAUUCUCAAGUCAAUGGAAUACCACAUGAGCAACGUCCAAUUCAAACAAAAAAUAAGAGGCUCCAAGUAGCGCCUAUUCACUUUAUCUGUCAUUCAACGUAGUCGUGUCUCGUUGACAAGCAAUCUGUAGUACAUUGACAGCAAAACAAAUCUACUUCAAAUAAACAAAACAUUGGCUCUUAAACCAGUUAUAUAAUUAAUUUCUGCGCCUAUAUAUUGUAUUUGGAAAUGUUUAUUGCAAAUUCCACCAGAAAAUCCAGCCCAUAUAAAUUGUUAUUACGACACUGUCGUGCAUUUGCAUCGAAUAAGGCUGAAUUAUACAGAAAAUGCUAUGAAAUUCUAAAGAUAUCAUCGGAGUCUGACCAGGAAACGGUGAGAGCAGCAUACAUAUCAAUCGUUAAAGUGGUUCAUCCAGAUAGUGGACAUCCCGAAGCCAGUACAGAAAAGUUUGCUGAAGUUGAUAAUGCCUUUCGGAUACUUCAAACAAAGUAUGCAAAGGAGAGGCACGGAAUUAGAGAAAAUCCGGAAGUUAAAGAAUGUGAUAUUAAGCAUACCGCUCCACAGCAUCGGCAAUAUUUAAGCCAUGACGGAGUUGGCUAUGGUGCUCCAGCUCAACGAGAGAGACAGUAUCAACAGUCAAGAGCUUCAAAGGCGUUCGGCAAAGUGGUCGAAUAUAGAAUCGAUAAAAUCAGCGCUUCGGACACGGAACUGAUGAAGCCGGGUACAUUCUUCAAAACGCAUGCCAUCAAAACCAAGUAUGGUUUUGAUCGAGUUGUCGAAGAUUUGAUACAGGAAGCGAUGAGCAAGGGUGAAUUUGAUAAAUUGGAGGGCAGUGGUAAGCCAUUAUCACAUACACAGUCACAAAAUCCCUACGUCGACUUUACCCAGCACAAAAUCAAUAAAAUUCUACUGGAAAAUGGAUUCACACCCGAGUGGAUAACACUACAAAAGGAAAUUCGCGAAGAUAUCGAUAAUUUGAUUGAAAUUCUAACCGAGUAUCGAUCAUAUCUCGGUGAAGUUCCUUUGAAUGAUGUCGAUAUGGAUGAAUGGACAACAGUUGUUAGCCGCCAGGAGCAUCGGGAAACACAAAUCAAUAAAAAGAUUGAUAAAUACAAUUUGAUUGUGCCAAUUUUAAAUCAGCAAAUGUGUCGCAUCCAAUUCAAACGGAUCGCAGACAAAGUCCUGAACUCAAAACCGGUUAAAGUGAAGAAACAACUGUCUAAAACCACAAAUUCGGUAAAACAUGAGGACAAUUCCAAUAAAUCUCUUUUGUCUACGUUAUUCUGGUGGACGUAACCACUUUUUGUUGAUCGCAAUGCAACAAUUCAGAAUACCAUUUUUUAAUCAUGUUAUUCUAAUUAAAAUAUUGGUAAAGUAAUAAAGAAAAAUUACGAUGAUUUCUGAAAGUACCUGAAAAUGAAAAAUAAUAUUCAUGUUAAAAUCAUUUUUAUUUUUAGUUCCACCAAACUCGUCGAGUUGAAACCGAAAAUGUAUACGGAGUAGAAUAGAUCACAAAAUCAAAAAUCACUCGGUUAUUUGUUUUCGAUAUUCUAUGGACACUCACAUUUUUCAUUUUGUGUGUACAUAAUCGAUAUAAUUGUAAUUAUAUUAUGAUACUUACCAUUGUGAACAGCUACAACUAUGACAGCUACUAAUUUAUUUAUCAAUUUUGUUUAACGCGCUAAACAGCGAAAAAUUUACAUAUACAGUGAUUAAAAAAAUUGUGAAAAUAGCAGUAA